AUGGCUCCUCGCUUCGUGACCAUGCUACUGUUCGCUGUGUAUUUUACCACCACAGCGGCUGAAGUGGUUCGCCUGUUCGGGGACACGAACUUCGGACUUGGCUCUGGCAGCUGGUUGUUCGAGUUCAGCAUGGCUCAGUUCUGCGUCAACACGGUGGCCUUCGAUGACAAGGCCUCAUCGGCGCAGUGGGGAGAUCUGCCGCAGACCGGAAGCUUCCCCAACAACCAAGCCUUCAUCGCCUUCUACACGGAGCAGAACUGCACCGGCACCGAAUUCCCAACGAUCUUUGCGCUGAAUGGCAUCGACAACCAAAUCUUGUCCUUCAUGGUCUGGAAGACAAGCGACAAGGUCGGAGGCGUCGCGGCUGACCCCAGGAAUCGUCACCCGCGGCUCUAA